CAUUCUUAUAAAAAAUUUUCUAAAUAGAAAACGUGUAAUGUAUUCGUAUGAUGCUAUAUCUUCUAAAGAAGCUAUGACAGCUUCAUAUGCGCUUAAACGUAACAUUGGUAUAUGACAGUGAUGUAUUCACAUUAUCAACUUGAUUUAGUACCACUUCAAGUGAUAUAAUCAUUGCAAUUGAUUGAAUAGUUGAAUAGUUUUAACCGAAUGGUAAAUGAAUAUCCAUGUUCGCGUAACAAUAAACUGUGACAAGAAAUCUUUAUAGUUGAUAUAGUAGCAAUCAAAGCAUUUAUUGCGUUUACAAGAUUAUUUGAAACGAAGAGAAAGUUAAAUCUAAGAGGAUUUUUUUUUUUCUUCUAAAUUUGAUUUUUUAGGAACGGCUUUAUUAAAACCACCAUGAGGGACUACCAAAGAAUAUGAGACAGAACAUUACAUUGAUCUUGGGAAAUGGGAAAAAUUCUUCUAGAAAAAUAUUAUUACUUAGAACGUUCUCUCAAGAAUAAUCAGUACGUUGCGUGUCUUACAGAAGAACUACCGAGAAGUGUGUUCUCGGCGAGCUUGAGCGCGCGACAGUCGCCUCUGUGAAAACUUCCUGCCUGCUUCUGCUAACUUUGGAACUGCGGUCAACUUUUACAACCACCUGCUACUGCCUGCCGUGCAAGUUCAUCUUCCCUUACGGAAUCGUCUGCAUCUUUUAGUUACUUAGUUGUAUAAAGAUCGAAAUCGUUUGCUUUCUUGGAAAACCAAAAAAAGUACGCACGUGUCUGUGUUUGCGGCUUUGACAUGCGAGAGACUUCGCACGUGCUGGCAAAGCGAAGGUUCUGACAGGAGACAGCUGAAUCUUCUUCUGCAAGUGUCGGAUGCUAAAGGCAGACAAGUCUUUUAAAAUUCAUGUUGGCAAUGGCCUGUUGAUGCCAGCUCUCUUGUGCCUGGCCAAGGACACUACAAAGAAAUUUAGGGAUUUCUUUAGAUAACGCUUAAAUAAUAAGGACAUAGGGGAAAAGAACCAUGCAUCUUCCCGCUGAUUCGAUGAACGGAUCACCGGUGACAACAACAACUAGUCCGGACAGAUCGCUAGCAAAUGACUAUGUGUAUCCUCCAGAGAGACUGUUGAAUGAUGUAUUAGCAGAUCACCCGAAUGACCUGGUCAAGACUGGAAGUCCGUGUUUUUUGUGCUCUCCCCUACCUAAUCACUGGAGAUCCAACAAGACUCUGCCAAUCGCUUUCAAAGUUGUCUGUUUGGCGGAGGUUGCUGAUGGGACAGUGGUCACAAUUAAGGCCGGCAACGACGAAAACUACAGUGCCGAACUGAGAAACGCAACAGCUGUGGUCAAAAACCAAGUGGCCAAGUUUAAUGAUCUGAGGUUCGUCGGCAGAAGCGGUCGAGGAAAGAGCUUCACUCUCACUAUUUCUGUGAGCACGUCGCCACCGCAGGUGGUUACCUACAACAAAGCCAUCAAAGUCACCGUAGACGGGCCACGGGAACCUCGAAGGCAACAGCAACAACUGAGGGCGUAUGCAACCGCGUUCGGCCAUCACCCACCUUACCUAGACCCCAGGUACCGCGACUUCAGAGACUGGGACAGUCUGCGCAGGAAGACCGAACACUGGGCCAUCGAUAUCCCGAGGAGACUAGGGCAUCCCCAAGAAUCCCUAUAUUUUGGCGAAGGACACUGGGGUCACCCUUAUUCGUCAUAUUUUGCAUCUGCUUCGGGUUUGCAAGGGCCAGGCAUUCCUCCCUAUCAGCUGGAUGUGACCCUGACAGUCUCUCCAUCUUCCCAGGAUUCCUGCUCUUCUUCACUGCCUCUAACAGGUCUAGGAGACCCCGGUGCAGGAGUUACAAGUACAAGUUCCUCAUUUCCAGCACUAGCCGAUUCUUCUGGAUCUUUAGCCUUGAAGUCAGACCCUCUCCUAGUAUCAAGGUAUAACAACGCCAUGGCGGCAGUGGUGGCCAAUCCAGAGCUUCGCCUAACAGAUCGUUUGACAGAGCUACGCCAAGGUCUCUCUAAUACACCUCAACAGCCCAGCACGACAGUGGCACUUUUGCCAGGAACUAACACAACACCCCCUUACUUGUCGGUUAGUCAUGCAACUGGUUAUGGAUUGUUAUCACAUCCUUACUACAACACCAGCGGUUGUACGGCUCCAGGCGUCACUGGCAUGUAUCUCAAUCCACCUGUGGUUCAUCCAUCUUUGCUAUACCCGCAAUUGUACAACAGUGUUGCACAUAACCAGCUGCAUCCCUCUAUUCAUCUUCUCGGAGGAGCUGCUGCGAGCAGUUCAGAGAUCUUGAGAUCCACAGAUCCACUUAGAAGUGAAGACGAAACUUUGCAAUCCAGUUCCAAUCCUGCUUCCAGGGUCAGCUCCACAGGGAGUGCCACGAGUAUCAAUGGAGGAUCUGUGUCUUCUGUAAAUAAUCCUAUAGAGAACUCUCGAGCAGACUCACCCAGGAUUACUGUACCAACCACUAGUACGACCACAUCGAACGGUACUGAACUGUAUGGUACUUCGUCGAACGGUCACUCGGACACUGGGUUGUGGAGACCCUACUAGUGGUUGUAAGGUGUUCUCAAAGACACGCGUCGACUACGAACUUCUCUUCGUUCUUUGAAAACAAUCUCGAAAAGAUCGUAAUGAAGUGCAUUCUUUUCAUCCAGAUUUUGGAUAUUGCCACAAAGAAGCAAUACAAAAUUUGUUUAAAGCAUUCGAGUUUUAUAUUGAAACGUAUCGUUACUUUACAAUGAUCUGCUAAGUAUUAGUAUAAAAAUUAUACAUUCCAAAUCAUAUAAAAGAAGUGCAAUUGAGUUUUAUUAAAUUUACAUGGCAUUUUAAAUUUUAUUUUACUUUAUCAUAUCCAUCCUAGCAUUUUAUCAUAAUCAUAACAUUUCAUUUCAUUUCACUUUGUAACAUUCACGUCAUGACAUUUCAUUUCAUUUCAUUUUGUGCAUUCAUGUAUUCUUCUGAGAAAUCACUUUGCAUUUUAUCUAGACCGAAAUCAACAGAGGAGUUCUGUGUGAGAACUUUGCAUUUGGACUUAGGUGAACAGCUUUUCGAGAUUGUGUUCGAAGACAGAACAAUAAAACUACUAGAACUGUUGCCUCUUAAGGCUGAACUAGAAAAAUAAUGAGCUUUUUACAAUAUGAAGAUUUCAUGUUGCUUGUAUAUACUGUCUACCUAUUGAUCAGGUUGUUUCAUUUCGCUGUAAUUAAAUGAUGUAAGGAAAUGAGUUCAUUUGAUGUGUGAUAAAAUACACCAAAGCAUGGUGUAUGAAGCUACUGCUUCCUAAUUUAGAGUAUUAAGAGGAAUAGAUUCUUAUAAGGUACAAAAUUUCUCACCAAGACUUUAGUCACAUAGAGAUAGCAGAACGGGUGAAAUAUAUUCCCAUCAUAAUUUCAAAAAGACAGCACAUCUGUGCUUAAAAAUUGUUCGCCUCUUAAAUCAAUUCAGACUACGUUGCUUAGAAUAAUUUUAUUUCGACAAAAGAAGUGGUAACUAUAAUUAAACAGUAAAAAUUCUUAGCUUUAAAAUCCGUUUAUUUUUUUAAAGUUAUAUUUGAAAUGCUAUGAUAAAUAGUCAGUCAGUUAGCAAUAAAUUCUGAUUAUUAUUUAACAUUAGGAAAUAAGACAUUAAUAAUUUAUGACAUAAUAAACUCAAAUACAAGUUUCUUCCAAUAGUUCUCUGGAAAUUUUAUAGAUUUGUAACUUUUUUUUAAAUUUAAUCCUCAUGAUAAAUAUUUAGUGUUCUAUGAGUGCACGUUUUUAUUGUAUUAUUUAGGCAUCGUAAUCAUUGUGUUUUUUUCGUUUUUCGAAAACGUUCGUUUUGACAGAGUGAAAUUUUGAUUUCCAUUAACAAAGCUUUUUGUUUUCUUAAGUGUUCUUGAAAUGAUUUUACAACAUAAACUACUCAAUGCAUAACUUUUUUUCUUUGUGAAAUUCAAAAAUUGCUUAUUCAGAAACUGAAUGCCAGAGGAUUAAUAAGUUUCAAUUUUUUUCCCACUAAUGUUAUAAAUAGCUAUAGUAUGUUUAAAAAUGUGUUACCAUUCCGUUAUAAAAAGAACUCUAAAUUUUUUAGACGAUCAAUAUUUCAGGUUACAAUAUUUUUGUUUAUUCCAAAUUGCGUUUUUUUGCAAACAAAUUAGAGGGAACUUAUAAUAAUAUGUGUCCUGGUAUUAAAUAUUUUUGUAUUUCGUUGAAUAAAAAAUGAAUUCACAUUAGAACUUUCUUUAAUGAUUUGAUUUUUAUCCGAUAACUAUAUCAAAUUUUGAAAUAGCAGCUGUUUUUUUCUAGUGUGUCAGUGACUAUGUAAGUUGAUUUGUAAUGGAAAAUGGAGGAGAAAAAUUCUUGGUUAAACUAUGAGUGCCAACUUUCAGUGUUUUGUAAAAAUAUAUAUAAU